AUGGAAUUUCCAAUUACCAAGUUGCGAUUUCGCUCAUCGACAUUAGCGAACAUUUUUCUCUUCCUCUCAGUUGCCAUGAACUUUUCAGUAAGCCAUGUUUCAGCUUCCAAAAAAUUUCAAAAUGAGACUGAUCGUCUGGCUCUGCUUGAAUUCAAGAAUCAGAUAUAUGAUGAUCCGUUUGGAGUGCUGAAUUCCUGGAACCAUUCUCAACACCAUUGCCAGUGGGAAGGAGUCACCUGUAGUACUCGACAUCACAGGGUCAUAGCCUUGAUUCUAAGGCAUAAGCAGUUGUCUGGAACCAUAUCUCCUCAUGUCGGAAAUCUAAGCUUCAUGAGGUUCAUGGAACUUGGGGGGAAUCAAUUCCAUGGUGGGAUUCCCCAAGAUUUUGGUCACCUCUUCAGGCUAAGAGUUUUGAACCUGUCAGGAAGCGCACUCGGUGGAAAAAUCCCAGCAAACCUGAGCUACUGCUCAGAGUUGAUAACAAUUAGCCUGAGGGGGAAUAAGCUGGAAGGGAAAUUUCCCAUUGAUCAGCUAAGCAAUAUGAAGAAGCUUGAAAAUUUAAAUCUUUUGUCAAACAAUUUGACGGGACAGAUUCCCUCUUCCAUUGGGAACUUAUCAUCAUUGAUCCGAAUCGGUCUCGACUUCAACAAUCUGGAGGGAAAUUUGCCCAUGGAGAUGGGGCUCUUGAAAAGGUUGGUUCUAUUAGGAGUCGCUGGAAAUAAACUAUCUGGUAUAAUCCCUGCCUCUAUCUUCAAUAAUUCAGCUAUUACGAUCAUUUCAGCAUCCGACAAUUCCUUUCAUGGCAAUCUUCCAACCAACAUAGGCCUCAUCCUGCCAAAUCUGAAUGCAUUAGGUGUUGGGAAAAACAAGUUCUAUGGUAACUUUCCAACUUCAAUCACAAAUGCUUCCGGGCUCGAGGAGACUUGGAUUUUAUUGCAUCACUGA